AUCUUGAUUUUGCUCGAACAUCUUAGUGCUAGGGAAAACUAUUCGAUGUUCUUCAGAUCUUUGCAAGACCGAGGGCACUCACUAAUUUUUCGCACGGCAGAUGAUCCGUCGUUGUCAUUAUUGAAAUAUGGGAUGAAGAGCUACGAUAGUCUGAUAAUAUUUGCUCCGUCAGUGGAAGCGUUUGGAGGUAUCAUUGAUGCGGAGGAGGUCAAAAAUUUUUUGGAUGACGGUGGAAAUAUGUUAGUAGCCGGAGGGCCAAACCUUGGUCAAGCUAUUCGUGCACUAGCACUAGAAAAUGGCUUCGAAUUCGAUGAGCCUAACUCUAUGGUCAUUGAUCACAUCAACUAUGAUACACAUCUGGAUGAUGGACAUCACACUACUAUUGUAACUACGAAAGAACAGCUGAUAAAUGCUCAUCUCAUCACAGGUGGAAAUGAACUUAGUCCUGUUUUGUACAAGGUAAAUAUACCUAAGCAUAUUAGAAGACCAUAA